AUGAAAGUGUCCGUACAAAUACUACUGGCAGUUUUCUGCUCUGUAUUUCUUUUAAGUCAAAUUGCAGAAAGUUAUCGAAAUCCAAUUGGAUAUGAUGGUGAUGCCUUUAGUGGUUAUGAUGACUACAUGAAUCCGAUUUCGAGGGAGAUUCAAAAACGUGUGCAGUUUUUACGUCUUGGCAAACGGUUCGCCGGAAAAAUGAAUUACCCAUUUGAUAAUUAA